AUGUCCUCACAAUACGCCAGCGAGCCCAAUCCCACCGCGUCGGCCACACUCAACACGACGGUUGGUCCGAUCCAGAUCGCGCUCUUCGCAAACCAGACCCCUCUUACCUGCAAAAACUUUCUCCAACACUGCAAAGACAAUUACUAUGCGGGAACAAUUUUCCACCGAGUAGCCCCGGAUUUCGUGAUCCAGGGUGGUGAUCCCACUGGCACAGGUUCCGGCGGCACGUCAAUCUACGAAUAUCCGGAAUUCGAAUACGACCCCGAAGCUCGGGACCCGAACGAGCGGGUUGUUUUGCGCGAUGAGCUUCACAGUCGGCUGCGCUUCAAUCGGCGUGGGCUGCUGGGCAUGGCCAAGAGCGAGGAUGGGACAUACGGCAGUCAAUUUUUCAUUACGCUUGCGAACACAGAGCGUGAAAUGAACGGGCAGUGUACAAUUUUCGGCAGAUUGGAAGGAGAUAGUAUCUACAAUGUGUUGAAGAUCGCGGAUGCAGAGCGCAUUGAGGGCACUGAGCGACCUGUUUAUCCGAUCAAGAUUACCUCCUGCGAGGUCGGAGAGUUAGGGCCCUUGGAGGGCAAGUUGAAGGAUCGCCAGGCUCUCUCGACUGCAUCAAGACCAGAGAAGGCCGCACCCAAAAAGAAAAAGAAAGCACCUAAAGGCGGGAAAACACUGCUGAGUUUUGGAGAUGAUGAAGGUGAUGAGGGAAUGCCAAUGCGCCCAGCAAAGCCUAAAUUCAACACCAAAUUGGUCGCGGAUGCACCAGAUGCGCAGACAGAUGCACCAAAGCCUAAGUCUCAAACCGAUGCCCCGUCACAGCCUCGCAAACGGCCAAGGUCACCAUCCCCCAGACGGUCAGCGUCACUGGAACGCAAAAAGCGCAUUAAGACACCAGAGCCAGAAACCCAACUCCCUGUCCAGGACCCUGAGUCGCCUAUUCGGUCUCCAACCCCAGAAGCUCCACGCGCAAAGGAGUCCAAGUUAUCCAAGACAAACUCCCAGAUUGCCAAUCUAAUGGCAUCAAUGCGCCGAGACGUCAACACUGGUCCAAAGGACACAGGUCGCAAGAAGUCCGCACUCGAAUCCAUGAUCCCCGAAACCUCAAUUCGAGGACGAAGACGACCACCACCAGGGUCGGCCAACAGCUCAAGCCGCAACGGUACAGGACCCAGCAACGCGGCAGAGCGAGAAGCCCUUCAACUUUUCAACGCCUUCAAGGCCAAAUUAGAAAGCGCCAAACCCGAAAUUACGCCAGCAUCACAAACCAAAACUAACGGCAAAGAAAGCACACAAACCAAAGACGCAGACGAAGACGAAGAAGCCCAACUCUGUGACCUACACUUCAUCGCCAACUGCCAAUCCUGUCAAUCAUGGGACGAUCCAGGCGCAGACGCAGCCGAUGAUCCCGCACAAGAAGAAGAUUGGCUCUCGCACGAACUACGUUUUGGAAAGGAUACGCUUGGCAAAGACUUAGAGUGGAAGAAGAAAAACCAGGAAGCCGAUUCACUUAUGGUUAUUGAUCCUCGUGAGAAGGAGAAGGAAGUUGUUGGCAGUGGUAGUGGGAAGAAGCGUGGAUUCCAGCGGGAUCGUGAGCGUGAGCGGAAGCGUGAACGGGCUGGAGAUUUGGAGUGGGAGAGGGGACGAUGA